AUGCCCUCAAUUUCGCCCCUAGGGUCUCGUCUAUCUAAAGAUGCUCUCAAUGGGUACCACGUGGCUGUCACAUAUAAAGACUUGCCUCAAGAACCCGAUUUCUUCGAAUGCCACAUUGAGUUUUCCAGUACCCAAGAAGAACCAACUGCCAAUGGAACUGCAUCCAAUGGAACCAAGGAAGACGAAAAACGUGACUCUGGCUGGCUCCUGGGCUUCUUCUCCCUGGAAAAGACACAUUUGGUGGAUUCUCCUAAAGAAACACUGCUUCUACUAGGCUAUAUCCAGCUUAUUGGAUACAUUCGGUUGAAUGGACUUAUAGGCAGCGAUGGGUCUGCAAACGCUGCUAAUAACCCGUACUGGAAGAAUCCAGAGUACUUGGAGCUUUACGGAAACGACGAUUUGGAGCUUCAGAUCGAGACAAUCAAGAAAACACCGUUUCUUAAGGCCAAUGCUGGCGAAGAGGCUGCUAAGAAUCGAACUGGCGGUGUGAGUGACCUCAAUUUGCAUAGUUACGAUGCCAGGGCUCAGUAUUUGGUUCAUGAUCUUGUUUACCCGUUUAAUACGUUGACGGGAGUUCCAGAAAAUGCUGAAAACCAUGCUGACGAUUUGGCAAAGGAAGUUGGCCAUAGCAUUGUGCCUUUUUAUGUGACAGCACAGCUGCUUUUGUUUUCAAGCAGCAAGGUCAAGCAUGGCGAGCUGGAAAAGUAUAUUCUCAAAGUGCAAAAACCGCCAAAUAACCUUCCUCCUUCUUACAACACCAAGCUGACUGGAGCAGCAGGCGACGCAGGACUCGUUUCCAUUGGGUACUCACUUGUUGUAGGAGCGUCCGAGGAGUCGAACGGCCAAUUGAGUCCCAGAAACAUCUACUUCCCGUUCGAGUUUCGUCUGGGCAAAAAAGGCUGGGAUAGAGAAUGGCUCCAGCAUGACUACUUACAAGAACCGUUUGUUGAUAAGGCGUGGAAGGCCGAAUUGCGGGACGAGAACGUGCUUUCACAGCCUCAGCCAAAGGGCUCCAAGGAGAAAUUGCUUCGUGAUAUCGAUACACUUAUAGAAAGCGAUGUACAAGUUGUGGCAGCAAACGAACGACGCAAAAGCUCUGUUUCGAAGUCGUUGACCGAAUACAAAGGUCUUAUAUCGCAGUUGCCAGCUAAACUAAGGGUCAGCUACCAAAUUAGAGUCAACAGCAUUGGUCUUUGUACACUUACCAUGUCCAAACCGUUUUACCAUGUGGGCGACGAAGUGCACUUCUUUCUUGACAUUGACCGCCAGAACGACGACGGCGCACGGAUAGUAGGCUUCCACGCCCACGUUGAAGCCCACGAGAUCUUUAAUCUUGAAGAAAAGAAACAAUUCGUCAACACCUACAAAGUCACGCCUACAGUGAAACAAAACUUAUUCGCUACAGCUCUCGCCGCCAACUGGGACGACACUGCCGAUAACCUCCACGUUUCAAGCAUCAUCAACCUCCCCCGCCACAUUUCCCAGCAAUUCCAAUCAUCAAAAUUCAUGGACCUUCGGUACUUCUUCGUGUGCAAGUUUCUCCUCAACGAAUUCGCCAAACCUGAGUCCAGCGACGAUUCCAUGAAACUGUAUGCCGACUAUAUCCAAACUUACAAGGUCGACAAUGAAGGAACGGAAUUUAAAUUUGCCAUUCCAUUGGUUGUUUUGCCAUAA